AAUUUGAAGACACAGGCGAAUUUGCUCAGAAUUUUACUGAAUUUGCCAUGUUCAAAUCUCGAACAUAAAUAAAAAUCAAAAAAAGCUAAUUUAACAUAAUUUAGGGCUUUUCUAUCCACAAUGACUGAUAAAAUCAUUGACUGGCAAGUUUCUCGACACGACCUGCGUUCUCGUGGCACGUAUUUACUGGAAACUGGAAAAUAUUCAGAUUGCUCAUUUCUAGUCGGAGGUCCAGAGAAUCAGCAGACACUUGCGUGCCACAAAAUAAUAUUAGCAAUGGCUAGUCCAGUAUUCGAAGCAAUGUUCUUCGGAAGCUUCAAUGACCCAAAAAAUGAUCCAAUUUUGAUAUCUGAUGUGCAGGCGGAUGCUUUUAAAGCACUUUUAGAAUACAUUUAUACAGAUAAAAUCAACAUAAACAAUGUUGACAAGGCAUUUGAUUUAUGCUAUGCUGCUAAAAAAUAUAUGCUCCCUUUUGUCGUUGAUCAAUGCACUCAAUAUUUAUGGAGUGACUUAAGUGCAAAAAAUGCAUGUCGAGCAUAUGAAUUUGCGAGACUGUUUGAAGAGCCAUCAUUGCAAGAAAAGUGCUUGCAAAUAAUAUGUACGAAAACACUGGAUGUGAUUCAAGACAGCAGUUUUGAGGAAGUUGAAUUAUCAACAAUUAUAACGAUUUUAGAUCAAGAUGAUUUAAAUGUCGACAGUGAAUUAAGCUUAUUUUUUGCACUAAAUAGAUAUGCAGAGAAGCACGGUUUAAGGACAAGUGACAAUCAAAAUGAAACAUCAACUAGUCCAAGUCCCGUUGAUGUAGAAAGUCCACAAGAAGAUAUGGCAGAAAUUAAUAUAAUUGAAGCAGAACCUGGUCCCUCAAAUCGUCCUGAUCCAGUCCCACAACAACAGCCGCCAACAGCUCAACGUGCACAGGAAAUAGCAGUUCGUGAUGCUGUCAAGAAGAUUAGAUUUUUAACAUUAACGCCACAGCAGUUUGCAGAAGGUCCAGCUCGAUCGAAUUUACUAAGUCAGUCAGAGGCAUUUGCCAUUUUAAUGAAUAUUAGCACUCCAAAUUCAGUAUAUCCAAUGCCAGAAGGCUUCUCAAUGAAUAAAAACUCACGAGUUCCUUUCGAUUCUCGUUCACCGAGUCCUCCAAGUCGCACAGAACCGCCAUUAUCAAGUCGUCAAGCAAUAGCAGUGUCAGUUCCCCAACAUGCCCCAGUUCCUUCAAACCAAAAUAAUCGUCCACAAACUCCAAAUCAAGCAUUAUCAUCACCAGAUAUUCAGUAUCAGCCAGAAUCACCAAACUUUAAUUACUUUCAAGUUUUACGAGAUCAGCGAAUGGCUGAAGAACGACGCAUUUAUUCAUGUAUUAGAACUAUUCAGCAUAUUCGUGAAGUUCAAAAUCGGUCAGUUCUUGAUUGUUCCUUUACAUUCUCAGUCGAUAGAAAUGUCAGCAUAUUAGGGCUGCAAAUGUUUACUCAAAUUAAGCCAUCAAGCAUUGCUGAUCGUUACAGUGAAAUCAUUUAUGCACAUUUAUUAGAUUCACAUGGCUCACGUCUGACUUAUACACAUUCUAAUCAACGAGUCCCGUACGAUUCUGUUAAUGAUAUCCUGUUUGAUAGGCCAAUGUUCAUUCAAUCAAAUAAAGUUUAUAAGAUAGGAGUUGUAUUUAAUAAGAUUGGAUUUUAUCAAGAGCACGAAGUGCAAGGACUUGUGAGGAGCUCCAAUAUAACAUUUACAUUUAAUACAGGAAAUCCAAAUGAUACGUGUCGUGAAGGAUUAAUUCGUGGAAUUAUUUAUAGUCUUUAAAAUUUGUUAAAUUAACUUAGUUCCGAAGAUUUUUAUAUAAUAUGACUAUAUUUUAAUUUUUAAUUAAAGUAUGACUUAUGAAACUUAUUAUUUAAGAACAUUUUACUUAGAUUUAGAUUUAUUUUGGAACAUGCAAGACAAUUAGUUAUUCUGGACUGACAGAAGCGCAUUUUCCCAAAUUAGAGAUUUAUGAGACUUGGAAUAUUGAGUUUUAACGGUCGUGAAAAUAUUGAAAAGUAACGGUUUUCAAAAAUUUGAAAAAUAGACAGACCGACAAAAUAAAGACUAAAGGGAAAAUACGCUAAUAUAAAAUAAUGAAAAUCAAAAAGAAUUAUUUAAUUUUGGUAACUAAAGUGAUAAAUGGAUGUUUGCAGCUCUGUAAAUCUCAAAAAUUAUUUGAAAUAAAUUUUUUAAAAGAACUGUAUUGUGUGAAAAUCUCAUGUGUCUUUACUUGUUUAUUCUGGUGUAUAUCCUUUUUCAACAA